AAAUAACUGAGAUAAUAUGCAUAAUAUUAGGAUAAUAUGAUUAGAUAAUAAACAGGCACAACACCAGCUGUAAUAGCAUUUCAUUUUAUUUAUUUAUUUUUUAAUUUACUCAACUUUUUUUUUUUUAUAAUGCACAUUUCUUACAUUAAUUGAACGUGAUAUCACCUAUUGGAUAAGAAUAGUAUAGCAACAACACAAUAGUAAGAGAACACAACAAUAAUGUAGACCAGACACAAUAAAUACAAAGAUCAUUAAAGGAUUCUAGUUUUUAAAGGCUUCUGAUGAUUUAAAAUAAUACAAUAAACCUAUUUUUUCUGUAUCAGACAGUCUUGUGGGUGCUUUAAUAUGUAGAGUAAAACAUAUAAACAUAAGAGCUUAUGACAGAUCUGCCUUUAAAAGGGUCAUGAACUGAGAAAUCAAGAUUCCCUUGAUCGUUUGACAUAUAAGAGGCCACUGUACUACAAAAACUAGUACUGUAAGUUUCAGAUUGUUUGAUAUGUAUUAUAUGAGUUAUAUAUGAGUUCUUUAUGCGUUUUUGACUUAAUUGACCGUAUGCACGAUGACUUCCUGGUUGUAGAUAAGCCAGCUCAAGUCAUUUCCGGUCGACUGCACUGUGUCGUAAGGGGAGUAAGUUGCUCGGUGUGGCGAGGGGGGCGUGGUUAGCAGGAUCUGCAGCGGGAGAGAGAGACUGGAGAACGAGCGGUGAGUAAGUGGGUCAAGUGCAAGAUGACAUUCACCUGUUUCUCGUUCCAGUGAUUGGCGUGGAGAGACUAAAAGUCACCGUGGGGCAGACGGUAGACGGAGGAACCAGACUGAGGACUCGGGAGGGCAAGAACCGUGGCUGAGCAGAGACUCACCAAAGUGCUGUGAACUUAUAUGAUUUGAAGGUGCCGGAGUGCACAACAUUUAUUUUUGUGAACCUGAAUAAAUUUUUCCCGAGCCUCAGUUACGCCGACUCCGACUUCUUCCUUCCUUCAUCCGAACUUUGCUACACUGGUGCCGAAACCCGGGAAGGAAGAAGCCCGGCCACCGCCGUCAUGCAGUCCCCGCCGAGCUCGCCGUUUGCGGAAGUCAUCCAAUCGCUCGCGGGCCUCCACCAAGAACACCAUCAGGCGCUGCUGGAGAUGCGGGACGAUCAGGAGCGCCGUUUCCGCUCCCUGAUGCAGGCCCAGCAGGAGGACCGCGAGCUGUUCCGGAGCUGGAUGGACCAGGAGGGACGGGCCGGGGGGCCGUCCUCAAGAAACUCCACCGGCCCCUCUCACCUGCCCCUAAAUAAAAUGGGGCCACAGGACGACCCAGAAGCUUUCCUCGAUUUGUUCGAGAAGUCGGCCGAGGCAUGUGGGUGGCCACAAGACCAAUGGCCGGUGCGUCUCAUACCUCUGCUGUCAGGGGAGGCCCAGGUGGCGGCCCAACAAUUGCCCGUCCAAAACCUCCUGGUCUUCACCGACCUCAAGCGAGCCAUCCUCCAGCGGGUCGGCCGGAGCCCAGAACAACAUCGCCAGCGGUUUCGGUCACUGGAGCUGGGCGAUAGUGGCCGGCCCUUCGUGCUCGCUCAACAGCUCCGGGACGCUUGCCGCAGAUGGCUGUUGGCCGGGGGUGGCGACGUCGAGCAGAUCCUCGACCGAGUGGUGCUGGAGCAGUUCAUUGGCCGUCUGCCGAGAAAGAUGGCAGAGUGGGUCCAGUGCCACCGCCCGACGUCGCUAGACCUGGCCAUCCAAUUGGCGGAGGACCAGAUGGUGGCGUGCCCAGGAGUCGGCGAAUCCCUGCCAGCGGUUUCUCUCUCUCUCUCUUCCCCUAUUGUUUCCCCUUGUCCUGUCCCACUUCCCAGGUCCCGUCUGGGCAUUUCUCUUCGGGUCCCACCCCGGGGAAGGGGUGGGCUGCCUCCAGAGGCCGUCGCUGGCACAAGGGUGCUGCCCAGGGGGGCGGGGCUAGCCAGCACGGGGACCACAGCAGUACCUUUUCCUCCACUCUCUCCACGCCAAUCUCUUGACCCACUUCCUGCCACUAGGGCGGCAGGGAGGCCUGGGCCGGCCUGUUGGCAGUGCGGGGACCCAGGGCACUUCAUGGACCGAUGCCCAGUGAUGGAGGUGGGGGCACUGAUCCGGGUCCCGGACAGCCCACAGGCUGCCCCCGAUCAAGCUGGCCUGUACCAAAUACCUUGAUUGGCGUGGAGAGACUAAAAGUCACCGUGGGGCAGACGGUAGACGGAGGAACCAGACUGAGGACUCGGGAGGGCAAGAACCGUGGCUGAGCAGAGACUCACCAAAGUGCUGUGAACUUAUAUGAUUUGAAGGUGCCGGAGUGCACAACAUUUAUUUUUGUGAACCUGAAUAAAUUUUUCCCGAGCCUCAGUUACGCCGACUCCGACUUCUUCCUUCCUUCAUCCGAACUUUGCUACACUCGGUUUCUCUACAUAAUCCAUUCACAAUUUGGAGAAAAAGUUUACCAUAUACCGUUUCAGGAAUGACAAACACAAAUGUUAAAUUUACGCGAGGGAAUCCGGUAAAUCAUGCCGCGAGUCAUUGCUAUGAUUGACAGUGAUAACAGAACGAAACGUCUGUGCAUUAAGUGAUUCAGACUAAAUUCAGACUAACAAAACUACAGCAGCAGCAACUCUGUGUUGGAUAAAACUUAAACGAUGUAGUUAUUAAAAUGAAAUCUACACAUUUCAAAAUAUUGCAUUAUUUCAUUGUUAUACCAACUUAUGUAAUAUGUAUUUGUCUAUAGGUAUAAUUCAGCAUUAGGCUAUAGGCUGUUGUCUGGCCUUAUGUAUUUAUUUAAAUGCCAAGUGACUUUGUGACUUCCUGCACUUGCUAAAUUUGUUAUAAUAUUUAUUUAAUAAUAAAUCAAAAGACGUGAAAAAAACUAGGCAGGUGAAAUGGCCGCCGCAGCCAGUGAUUGAUCCCAUGCAUCUGGUUAUAACGGUAAUUUCAUUUUCAUCUUAAAACGUCUUCGCAGAGACACGUUUUUGCUACAUUUCUUCAUGUCGUCUUCAUGAAUGAAAAGUGAAGCUUUAAUAAUGUGGAUUUUACUGCACAGAGUUGAGAAAUAAUAAAGGCUUUAAAAUUUUAUAAGAUUUUAAAAAUGUGUUCAUGGCUCUGAAGGUAAGAUACUGAUUAUGGAGAAUACCAUUACGAUGUCGUUUAAGAGAUUAGCCUAACCGCCUGAACAGUUACGAUAGUGUUUAUUUGUCAGCAUUUAAAUGUACAGUUAGCCUAAGUGUCUGGGUACUGUCCUGGGAUUACAAGACUCUGCAUAUACAAUUCUGUUCUUUAAUAACAUGAAACUGUAUGUUAAUGCUGCUGUCAUUAUUUACGGUGUUGCAAUUAUUUUGUUUCUCAGUUUCUGAUAAGAAUGAGGCAGGAGAGGUUUCUGUGAGAGUCUCUAUAUAGAGCACAUAUAAAAUGAGCUUCACCGGAAGAUUAUGAGCUGGCUUAUCUUUAUCCGGAAGUUCAAAAUAGCGCUCCGUGCAUAUGGUCAAUUCACAGCAGCGUCCAUCUGUAAAGGAUGUUGGAUGUCAAUCAUAUACAGCUAUUAGCCAAUCACAGCAGUGGGCGUAACUUCUGAGUCUGCAAUCCACCACACCUACUGAAACAGAGCGUUCUGAUGAGGGGGGUCAAAACAGCACAGAAAAUAGCCUAUCACAUCUAAAUUAUGAUGAUGUUUGAUGUAAAAAUCUUGAUAACAUCAUAAGUGGACCUCAGAGAACAGUACAAAAAAAUAAUAAUAAAAUAAAAUAAAAUAGAGGCAGUUCAUGUCCCCUUUAAAGUUAUAAACUGUAUAGUUCAAAAUAUGCUGUAAUUAUAAGUUUAAAAUCAACUCAAAUCAAAAUGAACGAGAAUUUUACUUGCUCUAUAAGCCUAUUUUUAUUAUCAUUUAAUAGUCAUAUGUCCCUUUGUGAAUGAACGAACGAACGAACAAAUUAAUUAAUUAAUUAAACAAAUGUGUGAAAG